AUGCGCCGUGACAUACGGAGGAGUGACGGAGAGGAGAGCGGCGACGACGGGGACGGCGGAGGGGGCGGCAAUAGGAGCGGUCGAAGCAGCGCGGCGGUCACGAUCUUAAAGGAUGCCGCGCAGACCGUUGCGCGGAAGGUGCGCGGCGCCGAUGCCGCCGCGUGGGGGCAACUCGGAGCGCUGCAAGGGGGCGCCGUCCCCCGACCCAUCGCUGGGGCCGCGCGUCGCCAGAAGCCGCCCCUCGCGCUGAAGCCGCGGCCAUUUAACGAGCGCGACGGCUGCCCCUCGCCCGCGAGCAGCGGAGAGGUGGCGCUGAUGCGGCCUCCGAAGUCCCCCGCGAGCAGCGGGGAGAUUGCGCUCCUCGAGGCGGAGGAGAUGUUGUUCGGCGCGAACCAAUGGUCCCCCGCGAACAGCGGAGAGAUGCCGCUCGUGGGAUCAAGGGAGUUUGCGCCGCUUCCGGCGACCCCGGAACGGCGCAGGGGCGACUACGAGGAAGUGAGCGAGGGGUUGGUGGUGGAGGUCGCACCUGGGGGAGGCAGCAUGCAUCGCUCCACGUCGCCGUCGCUGUGGAACCAGCUGGGGUCGGUUUCGGAGAAUCUGCUGCUCGCCGCGCGACAGAAGAAAGGCGCUGCCUCUCUCCCCGCAGUGGACGCGCCUUCCGCGCCGCUGCAUCCCAGUAGCGCCCCCAAGGCCUCGCAUACGCGCUAUGCGCGCAAGGCGCAGCACCGCCACGGGCUGUCUCUCGGCGACGCGCCCUUCGCUGAUGCGCCCGUCGGCAUGGAUGCGCCGCUGCCGCUGUCUGCUCUUCCGCCAGUUGUCGUUAGCGGGGCCAGCGCGCCCGCAUCGAGCGUCAGCGCGGACAGCAUCGCCGUUGGUAGCUUCGGCGCGAGUGGGAGCAACCGGAGCGGCCGUAGCGGCGGGAAGAAGAGCAGCAAGGGCCGGGUUGCGGUGCGGGCGAGCGCGUCGGCCGUGGAACUGGACCGUUGGAGCGUGCUGCCGUACGAAGGCGGGCGGGAAAAGCCGCGCGAGUCGCGAGAGUCGAUGCGAGUCAAGCAGGCGCCGAGCAGCAAGGAGCACGGCGGAGUGACGGGCGGAGCGGCGGCAGUGCCGGGCGACUUCCUCUCGUCGUACUUCGGCGAUGCGCCCGACGCGUACGUUGGCGAGUUCGCGCUGCAGGAGGCGCGCAACGCGGCGCGUAACGCGCACAAGAAGACAACGGCGCAAACCGAAAGCGUUGUCAGUGCGACCCCGCGCAAGCAGCUAACGGCGGACGCGGAGGUGCGUCAGAUGCUGGCGGAGAGGCAAGCGGAAAGCGAGCGCGCGGAGGAGAGGAGGAGAGAGGAGCGGCAGCAAUGGGCGGACGAGCAGCAGCGGCUGCAGCAGCAGCUGCAACUACUCCGGCAGCAGCAAAAGCUGCAGCUCCUACAAGCCUUCCACGAGACGAACCAGCAGCACCUGCGCCCGUGCGACUUCGUGCUCGGUCGCCCGUACUCGUCACUGCUGCGGCGCUUUGUGCUCGCGCCGCAGGAGCUGGGCAGCGGGCAGUUCGGCGUGAUCCGCAAGUGCGUGGAGCGCGGAACCAACCGCGUGCUGGCGUGCAAGACGAUCCUCAAGAGCAACAUCGUGGCCAUGCAAGACGCCGCGGACAUUCGCCAUGAGGUGGCCGUGAUGGAGGCGCUCAAGGGCCAUCCGCAUGUGGUGAAGAUUGAGGAUACGUGCGAGGACGAGGAGGCGGUGCAUAUCGUGAUGGAGCUUUGCUCCGGAGGUGAUUUGUUCGAUCGUGUGAAGGAUGAGGGCCGGCUGAAGGAGCGGACGGCUGCGAUCGCGUGCCAGCAGGUGGUGCAGGCGCUGAUGUGGUGCCACGUGUCAGGCGUGGUGCACCGGGAUGUGAAGCCGGAAAACAUUCUGCUCAAGGGGCGGAGAGAGGGCGGCAGUGAUGGGGAUGCGCAGAACAAGGGGAAUCUGGGCGCGGCUGCAGCGGUGCUGGGAUGCAUUAUGGCUGCUCCUGCGAAGGUCGCGGGUGGUGCUGUUGACGAGGACGAGAUUCACGUCAAGCUCGCCGACUUCGGCGUUGCCACGUUCACUCGGGGCGAGCCAUGCACGGAGGAGCUGGGCACGCUACAGUACAUGGCGCCUGAGGUGCUCUCGGGAACAUACGGCCCAGCGGCUGACAUCUGGAGCGCGGGCGUGGUGCUGCACAUCAUGCUCUCGGGGCGCACGCCCUUCUUUGCAUCGCUCGGACGCACCGUGCAGGAGGCGAUUCUACACGGCCCUGUGCGCAUGCGCGGGCCCCACUGGGAGGGUGUGAGCGAAGACGCCAAGAGCCUCGUGCGUGCCAUGCUGGAUAAGGAUGCCUCUACACGAAUUACUGCCAAGGAGAUUCUUGGUCAUCCUUGGAUUGCUCGGGAGCAAGUCCUGCUUCAGCUGCGGAACCAGCCUUUGCCUGGAAGUUUCCUGGCCACGAGAGGUGCUGCGCUGGGUGCAUCUUGUGGGGAUGGUGGGAUUCAAGGCUUGUUGGCGCAGGAGGGUGGAAUGCAGGGGGGUGGAUCGCUGGGGCGUAUGGCACAGGGGGGUGAAUCGCCGCGUGCCCCUCUGGUGGGUGCGGCAACGCGGGCAAGCGGAGGGCGUGAUGUGCUGUGCGAGGGGGGGCGAGCGUGGGACGUGCACGCCAUGGGGAGGCUGGAGGGGGUUGGGGUGGUGGCAGGCGGUGUGAGGAGCGGUGGCAUGGGCGCGGGAGGCGCGGCGGGUGUGGGGGGCGGAGGGAUGGGUGCGGGAGGCGAGUGGGAGCUGCUGCAGCAGCUGCUGGGGGGAUCGGCUCUGGUGGGCGAGGGUGGUGGUGGUGCUUCUGCUGCUCCUGCUGGUGGUGGCGCGAGUUCAGGAGGGGCGCUUCAAGCGCAUACCAACCAACGCGCUGCUGCUGCUGCUGCUGCUGCUGCUGCUACGGCCACCACUUCGCGUUCUGCUUCUGCUGCUGGUGUUUUUGCUGCCAGUACGAGUGCAGCACUGGAAGUGCCUGCGCGGUCAUCAGUGGGAGGGAAGAGGCUCCGGGACCAACCAACAGCUGCUAUGCCGGCUGCUGCUAUGCCGGCUGCUGCUGCUGCUGCUCUUGCCUCUGCUGGUGCUGCUUCAGCCGCUGCUAGUCGUGGGGCACUUGGCAGUGCUGCGCCUCCCCCUCCUGCCUUCCGAGCCUGCGAAACAGCCUCGGGAUCACCUGCCACGACGGAUUCCCCUGCCACGUCAGCGUCGGCGCUCUCAUCACCAUCGCAUUCCACAUCGGGCUCUGGAGGAAGCUCGUCCGGUCAGGGCGGAGGGGUGCUGGGGAAAAGGGCGUCCGGCGGAGGUGUGCUGUGGGGACGUGUGGCGGGGGCAAGGGCAGCAGCUGCGUCUAGGAGCAGCAGGGCGCGGAGGGCCCCUCCGUCCGCGCUGGCGUCUCGCCUGGCGGCCGUGCUGAACGACAUUCAGUCCAAGCCCGCCCCGCCCUUCGCCUCUGCAUAUGCCUCCCGCUUGUCCCCUCCCUCAGCUGCCGCGUCCCUCUCUCCCUCUGCCCCUCCCUCGGACUUUGGCGUUCCCUCUGCCUCUGCCGCCGCCUUUCCCGCCCUCACUUGCUUGGACGCGUCAGGGGCUCGCGGGACAGAGGAGGAGCAGGCAGCGGCACAGGGGGGGGUUGCUUCGGGUGGGGCAGCAGGCGGGGAGAUGAUGGUGGUGGGCGGUAGGGUCCGAGGCAUGGAUUCCUUUGGAUUUACCAGGGCUAGUGCAUUGAUUGGUGGUGCUGCUGGUGGAACCGGGGGUGCUGCUGGGUUUGGCAGCGGUACUGGUGGUGGCGGGAGCAGCUACGCUGUUGCUAGGGAACUUUUGGAGGCAUUGCCAGGUGGCGCGACCGGAUUGGACGACCUUCAGUCGCUGCAGCCCCCGGGGUCUCGCCGCCGAACCUCCGGUCUUUACGGGGUAGGAGCAGUCUCUCUUGAUUAUAGGGAUGCUGUUUCUUUUAACGAAUCUGGCUAUAGCGGAUCUGGCUGUUGGGUUCCCUGGGGGGCCUGGGAAGGAGGAGCAAGUGGUAUGUCAGAUCAACUUAUAAAGGGGAUGGGGGAGAAUGCAGCAAGAGGAGGCAACGCUGCAGUGGCAGCACUGUCCGCAGCUUGGUGGGAGGCUCGGGGGCAGGUCGGAGCCUUGGAAUUCCCCAGGCCUACCGCUGGACCUGUAUCCGUUGAAGUUACAGGCCCGGAUGUUUCUGGGAAGUUUCGCUCAGUGGAGAAAUUUGCGCGGGCACAGAUGGUGGCGAUGGCGGAGGCGGCAGAGGCGGGCGACACCGGGCGGUUUCACUCGGCGUUUGUGCAGCUGAAGCCGCUGGGGAAGGUGCGAGGAAAUGCGGUGGAGCGGCUGACGCACUACGUGUUGGAGGGGCUGAUGAGGCGCAUGGCUGGGACAGGGUUCCAACACUUCUGCACCCCUCUUAGGCGCCCUCCCAAGGAGCUAGACGAGGCCCUGACCCUGUACGCGUCCUCACAGCCGUUCCCGCUCUUCGCGAGCAUCUCGGUGGCGGGGCUAGUAGCAGAGGCAGUGAGUGGCAGCACGCACGUACACAUAGUGGACUUUGGGUGCUUCCAGCCCAUCCACCUGCCCGUGCUCAUGGACCUCCUCGCCUCCCGCCCCGGGGGGCCGCCGUCUCUGCGCCUCACUGGGAUGGACACCGCGAGUUUCAUUUGUGCGGGGAGGAAGGACUUUAAAAGGCUGAGGGCGAUGGAGGACGUGGGGAGGCGGCUGCGCGGCGUGGCGCGGCACCUGGGCGUGCCGUUUGAGUUUGAGAGCGUGAAUGUGGACGAGGAUAACCUGCAGCUGCUCUACCAGGUGAAGCGGCAAUGGCAUGAGACGCUGGUGGUGGUGUGCGCUCUGGAGCUGCUGCUGCUGCCCGACUCCCCCAACGGCCCUCGCCACUGCGUGCUGCGGUGGAUCCACGACAUGCAUCCGACACUCUUCACCUUCUGUGACGUGGACUUGGACACCAACCACAGUGCCUUCCUCCCGCGCUUUCAAGACAUUGUCGACCACCACCUCGCCACCUUCCAGUUUCACGAUGUCUUCCUCGGGAACGCCGACAAGCGCCUGCUCUCGGUCUUCGAGGAGAUUUACUUCGCGCGCUCUAUUAUCAACGGGAUUGCUUGUGAAGGGGAUGAGCGGGUUGUGCGGUCGGAGAGGGCGGGGCAAUGGAGGAAGCGGUUGUUACUGAUGGGGGAGGUGGGGCCCAAGGACGUGCGCAUCCGCAUCACGCACUGCGGCAUCUGCCACAGCGACCUGCACCAGGUCAAGAACGAAUGGGGCGGCUCGCAGUACCCCAUGGUUCCAGGACACGAGAUCGCGGGGGUGGUUGAGGCUGUGGGCUCCGAGGUGACGAGGGUGGCGGUGGGGCAGAGGGCGGGCAUCGGGUGCAUGGUGGACUCGUGCCGCACGUGCCAGCCAUGCGUGCAGCACGUGGAACAGUUCUGCCCGCAAUGCGUGUACACGUACAACAAGGUGGACCCCAAGACGGGCGAGUCAACGCAGGGCGGCUACUCCUCCUUCUACGUCUGCGACCAGGACUUCGUGCUGACAAUCCCCGACAAGCUGCCGUCCGACGUGGCGGCGCCGCUGCUGUGCGCGGGAAUCACUGUCUACUCGCCCAUGGUCUACUACGGCAUCAACCAGGCCGGCAAGCGGUUGGGAGUGGUGGGGCUGGGCGGGCUGGGGCACAUGGCGGUGAAAUUCGGCAAGGCGUUUGGCAUGCACGUGACGGUGCUGAGCACGAGUCCGAGCAAGGAGAAGGAGGCCAAGGAGGUGAUGUGUGCGGAUGAGUUCAUUGUCACCAAGGACGCCGACGCCAUGAAGGCAGCAGUGGGGACAUUGGAUGCCAUAGUGGACACAGUAUCAGCGCAGCAUGACCUGGCACCAUACCUGGACCUCCUCACAUUCAAUGGCAAGAUGAUCCUUGUUGGCGUCCCCCCAGAGCCCUACGGUCUGCAUGCUGGCCAACUCAUUUUCGGCCGUAAGACUGUGGCUGGAAGUUUGAUUGGAGGGAUCAAGGAGACCCAGGAGAUGCUGGAGUUCUGUGCGGAGAAGGGGGUUGCGCCUAUGAUUGAGAAGAUUGACAUCCAGGACGUGAACAAGGCGUAUGAGAGAAUGUUGAAGAACGAUGUGAAAUACCGCUUCGUUAUUGAGAUAGAGAAGAGCCUCAAGUAA